CAAGAAGGGAAAUCGUUUCAGAAGCCUGGACCAGUCGAGAAUAGAGGGUGGAAACAUACUGACAUGUUUGUUACAUGAGUACCCUGCAAUUUCAAAUCCGCUUCUUGUAGAAGAAGUUUUUAUAAUUCGUCUCAUUUGCAAGGUUUAUAAGCUAGCUUCAGCCUUCUGGUGAGUGUAUGUUUUGAUUUAUUUCUUGAUAUUUUCAUAGUGCAAACUCAUGGGUCUGUUGAGAUUAUGUAAUCACAGUGUUAGAUUUUCUAGUGCUUUGAGGUUCCCAUGUUAUCCUAGUACACGAACAUCACUUCAAAGGGUCACUAGUUUAACCAGUGUCAAGAUCUGUGAUGGUCCUGAAAACUUAUUGUCGGGUUUUGAAUUAGAUCAGAAAUUUUGCAACCCAACGAGACAUUUUGUUGGAACAAGGCAAGACUCUGUUCAUGGAUUGUUGGGGUCAGGUUUCGACCAAGAACUACGCAAACCAUUGGGACAUUUUGUUGGAACAAGGCAAUACUCUGUUCAUAGAUUGUUGGGGUCAGGUUUCGACCAAGAACUACGCAAGCCAUCGAGACAUUUUGUUGGUACAAGGUCUUACUCUGUUUCCAAGAUUCAGAAAUAUGUAUAUAGACCUAUGGUGAAGUGUUUGAGUUAUGUCACUUCUUUCACUGGGAAGUUUGAAAUCACACCUUAUACAAAUAUAACUCUUUAUGUGUUCCCUUUUGUUGAUAAAAUCUAUGGAGAGAAAAUAUUUUCGACUUGGAAACAAGCGUGUGGAAGGGGGUUGAGACUGCCCCUGACUGACCCCCAGUGUAUUCGAGUUGAAUCAAUUGCCACAAAGAUUCUUGAGGCAUUACAGAGGGAGACGGGUAGGCGUCAUGUGUUGGCUGAUCAACAAUGGAUUAAAGAUGAUGUUGAUGGGAAGGUUAAACUGGUGAAGAGAAGUUCAAGAAUUGAGGAGUCCACAAAUGUGCACUUGAAGGAGGGACUAAAUUGGGAGGUUUUUGUGAUCGAUCAUCCUAUAAUUCAAGGAAGUGCUGAAGGUAUCGGGGCAAAUAUGGGGAAGAUUGUUUUAUUUACAGACCUGUUUGAUGUUUAUAAGAGGGAUGAACAGCUAGCAAUCGUUAUUGCACAUGAGGUUGGGCAUGUUAUUUCUCGACAUUCACAAAGACAUCUUCUUUGGCUUCCAUUUAAGAAGAUUUAUCACCGUGUGAUAAAUGGCUAUGAUUCUGCAAUGCAUUACUAUUUGAGGUAUGAACAUGAAGCAGAUUACAUUGCAAUGCUAUUAUCUGCAUCUGCUGGAUAUGAUCCCCGAUUUGCACCAACUGCAUUGCCAAACCCGGACAAAUACUUGAAUUUGGAAUUUGUAAAGUAUAAUGAAUUGCCUUUUGCUAAACUGGAAUUAGCGGAAAGAAUUGAGUUUAUGACUAAGCCAGAAGUCAUGCAAGAAGCAGUUCGUAUAUAUCAAAGUAAAAUCAAAAGGACAGUGUGCUGACCAAGAAUAUCUUGCAAAGAGGUAGGGAAAGUGUGAAGUGAUUAGAGAUCAGGGUGGUGAUUUAAGCCAAAUAUAUUCGUGCAACAAACAAGUGAAACACUGCAGAUAUUAGUUACUAAAGUAAUUCCCUAUUUGUUGAGGGCUUGAGGCAACUCAGGUGGUAAAUUUUGAUGUUGUUCUCUUUUAGUGGAGUGAUCAGAACACGUCAAUAAUAAUUAAAAAGAUAUUGUUCCUUUUGAUAAUUUUAUUGUUGUUCUCUUAAAGCUUCU